GUACUACGCGCGGUGGUGGUCGCAGUACGGCACUGUCGCUGCCAAAGGAGGCGUGGACGAGACGCAGUCAGGUGCAGCUGUGCAGGAAGCUCCGCCCAAAGCAGCAGCGUUUGACAAGGAUGCCUUGAAGAAGCUGGCAGAGCAGGCCGCGAAGAAUGCGGAGCAGGAAGAGAAGGAUGCCGCAGACAGAGAAGUGCAGGAUAGGCUGGCGGCCGAGGCAGCAGCUGCGCAGGCGGCGGCUGCACAAGCCCAGGCCCAGCAAGAGGCACAAGCAGCGAAAGCAGCACAGGCAGCACAAGCUGCCAAGGCAGCGCAAGCUGCAAAGAGCGCGCAGGCAGCACAGCAGGCUGCUGCUGCGCAAGCUGCUCAGGCCGCCCAGGCGCAGGCUCAAGCUCAGGCAGCGCAGGUGGCGCAGGCGGCGCAGGCAGCGCAGGCGGCGCAGGCUGCACAAGCCGCACAGGCUGCGCAAGCCGCGGCCCAGGUGCCGCCUCAGCCCCAGGUCAUUCCGGCACCAGCGCAGCCACUCGGCACAGCUCCUCUCCCGGCCGGCGUUGGCCCGGGUGCCCCACCGCCACCACCACCCCCACCUGGCCAAGGUCCCGCGCCGGCCUACGAUCUUGAAGCCUUGAAGCGGCUUGCAGCCGCACAAGGGGCUCCCGUCGCACCGGUCGCGCCGGUCGCGCCGGCGCCGUCGCCGCCGAUUCCGGUGGUCGAAGUUCGACCACCACCCGCACAGCCGAAGAAGUCAAUGGGCUUCUCCGGUUUCACCUUGCAGGCAGCCUCACCUGCGCCAGCACAACGAGACAAUGACUCCGUGCAGAAAAUGCUCGCCCGGCUGCAGGGAAAUGUGCAGGGAGCGAAGCAAGCCUUGUCAGCCACAGGCCCUGCACCCAAUUUUGGUGGCCAACUUCCUUUCGUUCAGGCGACACCCUUAUCAAAGUUGGGGCCGCAUUCGGGCCUGGGAGACGAUGACUGGGAGCCUUUGCAGGAGACCGUGAGGACUGCAAGCGCUCGCAGUGAGGUGGAGGAAGCCGCCAAGGCCUUCCUCAAGAACUUCGCACAGAUGAGUGCAGAGCAGCUUGCAGAGCUUCUCCACCUCAUGGAAGCGAAGGCUCACUCCUACCCUCGGGACUUCUACACCGAGUUGGGCAGCAUGCUUGGGCACAAGCUGAAGUCGGCGACAAGUCCACAGAUCGCCCACAUCAUGAGUGCGUUUUUGUAUUGGCAACCAGAGGGCAGGCAGCGGUUCAUCGAUUCAAGCCGGGACUUUCUGGCUGUGGCAACUGCUGAGGUUCCGACUCGGCUUAUGGAGCUUGCGCCUCACGAGUUGAACACCUGCUUAGCUGGGCUGGUGUCCUUGGGCUGCUCGGACCACAAGUUCUUCGUCUCUGUUGGCAAGUCGGCCCAGGCUCGGCACAAGACCUUCGGCCCGAAGGAACUCACCUCGCUCUUGACCAUCCUCUCCGAGGUCCGCCUGGUGCACUCCGAGCUCUUUGCCUCGGCGGCCUCAGCCGUGGCCCCCCGGGUGCGCGAGCUCCGGCCCGUGGAGGUGCUGCGCUGUGCGCGCUCCCUGGCACGCUGCGGGGUCAAGAGCGAGGCCUUCUGCCAGGCCGUGGGCGACGACGUGGUGGGGCGCUGGUCAAAGAGCAACUCGGGCUUCCGAUGCGAGGAUCUGGUGGAUUUGUGCUGGUGCUUCUGCGUUUUGGAGCACUACCACCCCGAGCUGAUGCAGCUGACAGUCCAAGUGCUGCAGGACACUGCAAAGGUCACAGCAGAUGCGCUGUGCCAGUUUUACGAAAUCCACCUCUCUCUAGAGCCACUCGGCAUGGCAUCGGAGGAGGACUUCGGUUUGGAGACCGAGCACAAAGAGCGCUACGCCUCGUUCCGAAUAGACGACAAGGCGACGGGAAAGCUUCUGGAACACUAUAAGGAGAAUCGCCGAGAUUGUAGGCGGUGCUCUGAGAAAGUCCGAUCAGACAUCUCCGCAGCAGUGAAGGGCCUUCUAGAGGGCCAUGUGCAAACCAACCACCGCACCAGUUUGGGUCUUCUGUCGGACGUGGCAGCCUUGAGGAAGCGAUCCUCUACGGACGGGUAUGUCCACAUUGACAUCGACGGUGCUUUGUCGCUGAUUCGUCCUAUCGACCAGGAUGAAACUGCGGGCCCGAUUGUCGAUGGCGCAGUGGCACUCAGGCGUCGCUUGCUAGGUUUUGCUGUUUCUGCCCACCUCUGCAAGAUCGAGUCCUUACGCCGAGCAUGCACAACAUGCAGGCUCAAGAAGCGUUGA